AUCUGGUAUCGAAGUCGAAACAAAUAAGCAGUCUGAAGUUAGCUCACUGCCUCUUCCAUCCACCCUUUACCUGCGCAGGGCUGCCAGCUUGCUGCCUCCAGAUCCGCGCUGCACGAAUCCGCCGGGCGAAGCUUUUUGCUUGCUGCUGCUGCUCUGUUUCGGCGCGCUCUUUUGCCAGCUGCGCGUGUGGGUGGGUUUUCUCUUGCGACGAGGGAAGCGGCCGCUCGGAGCCACAACUGCACAUUCCGCCGACCAGCCACCCUGCGACUCUCUGCAACUCACGAACUGCACGCCGCUGCGACACCGGACUUUCCGUUUGCGUCGCCGACACACUCUCGACGUUCAUCUGCUCUGUAUCGCUGGGCCCGUCGGCACGCGCUGAGGUAACCGUCGCCCUGCAGCCAGUAGAAGCGGCGAUCGAGACGCGGCCUCAAAUUGCUUGGCACUGCCUGCCCAUCAACCCUUCCAACACAACUCGGCCUUCCCGCCUCGUCUGCGGUCCAACUCGCUCGAACGGGCGUAGCUUGUACUUCCAAAAACGACAACCACCGACUUCACCAUGUCGGCCGAAGGCGUGCAAGACCUCAACACCAACAACAAUGACGAGCACGAGCAGGAGGAGCUCGAGAACGGCGCGUCUGAGAGCCGCGGCGUGAAGCGACAGCGCACCUCUGCCGCCGCCGACGACGACGACGAUGACGAUGACAAGCCUGGUCGCGAGCGCCGCAAGAUCGAGAUCAAGUUCAUUCAGGACAAGUCGCGUCGGCACAUCACCUUCUCGAAGCGCAAAGCCGGUAUCAUGAAGAAGGCAUACGAGUUGUCGGUGCUCACAGGCACCCAAGUACUACUGCUUGUCGUGUCCGAGACCGGUCUGGUCUACACCUUCACCACGCCCAAGCUCCAGCCGCUGGUCACGAAGCCCGAAGGCAAGAACCUGAUCCAGGCAUGCCUCAACGCUCCAGAACCUGCCGACUCUAAUGGAGUCGAUGGAGAGUCCGCCGUCGACUCACCCGAAGAGCAGCAAUCCGCACCUCCGCCAAUGCCUCAGUCGAUGCCACCCCAAGGCAUGCAGCAACGACAGCCUCAAGCGCCCUACAUGACCGCCGAUCAACAACAGGCGUUGCAGUAUCAAGCAUAUCUGCAACAGCAACAGGCGCAGCAGAGCGGAUAUCCCAUGCCGCCUCAGCAACAUAUGCAGUCUCGGGGUUAGGAGGCUCCAGAUUUGUCACAAAGCAACCAGGAAUACCAGGACUACCUUGGGCGGCAAGUGCAAAAGCCGCAGGAGCAACACGCUGCUUCUGCUGCCUCCGGCACGACGCAGCAGACCAAUCCAUUCCCGAAUGAAUGGUCGGGUCUGCAACAACACCCAAGUUGAGCAUACAAUUCGGCAGAGCAAAGACGGGAAAACAACACGAUAGGACGACACCGAGAAGAUACCUUUCCAUCAUCUUGGUAUCACGGCGUGGGGCAUGGGACACAAGACAUUACGGGCAUGAAUACCGGUACGGGCGGCAGAUAUGACUUUCUUCAUUCAGAUGCGGAUGUGUGUGUAUGGUGUGUGUGUUGCUGUUUGUCUGGUUUUUCACUUGUUGUUAUUUUCUCAAAAAAGAACAACGGGGGGAAAGAAAUGCAUAAAGCGUCCCUAAUGGCGGACUGAAUUGUACGGAUCGGACGAUUAUGCCUUUUCUCUCGACUCUUCUCAUCUCUCUCCUCCAGCACCAGACCAUCGACGAGACAGAAGCUUUUGCAACCAGUCAAUGAUGAUCUCAGCGAGGCUGAGAGCAAAGCGAAAUGGGAUGAUAUGUGAGAAUGAUGAGAGCAGGCUGAGUCGUUGCUGAGGGAAUAUGUAGAGUACAUGAAAUGCAAACUGUGAUUGAAGUAUAUCUCUAUCUCUUUCCAAUUCAUUGUAUUCUCCACUCUUUCCUGGCUGGUUCAAUGACUGCUGCCACGCCGUGUUCUCGCGUACAAGAUCUGUUUCACGCUCUCCGCACUGUCUUUCAGCAAUGCUUGAUACCUCGGAGCGAAAUGCUGCCGGCCCCAGUCCCACACGUCGGAGAAUAGAUCAUAUUGUACACCUCUCGCAAUCCACAUGUGGCGAUCGCCUGUGGCAGUCGGAUCUCUCUGUGGCACUGCGGUAAUGUAUCACCCGCGAUGCUGUGCGACUCGUGGCUGAUACUUUUGUUCUUCUUUGCCGCCCGGCGAGGAGUCCGGUUGUUGCACUACAGCUGGGCGGAACACAUCGGAUCGUCUCGGGUUUACGUCACUUGGGAUCUUUGCUUUCGUUUAUGUGGCGACCGGAUAUUCUCUUCUUCCUGGAGGUAGGAGGUGGCGGAAGCGUUGAGCCGGCUGGCGGAGGCAAUGAUGCGUCGAAAGAGGUGGCGAGGUCGAGGGACUGAAGCGUUCGUCAAAUAUUAUGCCAAACGCACAGAGGCUCCCAUCCUUCGAGCCCUGGCUGGAUGGAGGAGAGAGUGUUCUUGUGCACUCUGGAGCUGGAGGAUUCCUGAAUCGCGUGUGAAAAGUAGGAUCCCCUUCCUAGACAUUCUCUUUCCAGCCCUCUGAGGUUCCAAGCGUGACGAGGUCUUGUUCAACUCGUCCUCGUCCUUCCUUCCAG